UCUUAGAUUCUAUGCAAAGAAAUAUCCGUAGUACUCCCCCCCCUGGGUAGUUCCACAAAUCUUCUCAGCUUCUUGAUCGAUUUCACGAUUUCUGGGAAGACAAGACGUCCGGUCAACGGCGGAAAAUACAGUCCUAACUGAAAAAAGUUCCGACCUUUAACAUUCUACCACUCUAAAAUUCCACACAAAAAGAGAUCGAGGAGAAAAAAAAACUACUCGGCUCUGGGUUUAUAUUGCUCAUUCUGGAUUUAUUAUUAUUCAUUAGGACUGUGAUUUUUUUUCUUGAAAAGCUCGAAGAUGGGAAUCGAAUCUGUAGCGGAAUUUUUGAGCGGUGUGCCGUUGCUGCAGAGAUUGCCCAGGUCUUCAGUCCAGAGAAUUGCACAGCUAGUUGAAGUCAAGAAUUAUGAUAAGGGCGAUUAUGUCCUACGCGAAGGAGAAGCUGGGGAUGGAAUUUACUUCAUAUGGGAUGGGGAGGCUGAAGUCUCUGGCCACGUCGAGGAAGACAACCGUACUGAAUAUCUGUUAAAGCAAUAUGAUUAUUUUGGUUACGGCCUCGCAUCAUCGGCUCAGCAUGCUGCUGUAAUUGCACUCACUAAACUAACCUGCUUGGUGCUGCGCCAUGAACACUGUAAUCUGCUUCAACCUAAAUCGAUAUGGAAUGCAGACAAAGCAGUGGACAAAUGCCCCCUAGUGGAGCACAUAUUGCAUUUGGUACCGUUAGAAGUGAAUAUAUUCCAAGGUGUUACACUGCCUGAUGCUCCAAAAUUUGGCAAAGUAUUCGGAGGCCAAUUUAUGGGGCAGGCAUUAGCAGCAGCCACAAAAACUGUUAAUUGUCUCAAGAUUGUUCAUAGCAUUCAUGCCCACUUCCUUCUCGGUGGGGAUGUUGAUAUUCCAAUAAUAUAUGAAGUACAUCGUGUACGUGAUGGGAAGAGCUUCUCAACAAGGAGGGUAGAUGCAAUACAGAAAGGGAAUGUUGUAUUUACUUUAGUUGCUUCAUUUCAGAAAGAAGAAGAGGGAUUUGACCACCAGGAUGCAUCAAUGCCUAUAGUGCUGGAUCCAGAAAAGCUUCUGUCAAUGGAAGAGAUACGUGAAAGGCGGCUCACUGAUCCUCGUCUUCCCAGAACCUAUAGGAACAUUUUAGCUACUGUAGAAUUUGUCCCAUGGCCAAUAGAGAUAAGGUUCUGUGAUCCUAGUACAGGAACCAGCCAGACCAAGAGCCCUCCAAGUUUGAGGUUCUGGUUCAGAGCAAAGGGAAAUCUUUCUGAUGAUCAAGCUUUGCACCGAUGUGUUGUGGCAUAUGCGUCGGAUCUUAUCUUUGCUUCUGUAAGUAAUAAUCCUCAUCGCAAGGCAGGGCUGAAGAUUGCGACUCUUAGUCUCGAUCACUCGAUGUGGUUUCACAGGCCAAUUCGGGCUGACGACUGGAUACUGUUUGUGAUUGGGAGUCCAUCUGCACAUAAUGCUCGCGGUUUUGUUUCUGGGCAAAUGUUUGACCGGAACGGAACGCUUGUGGUGUCACUCACCCAAGAGGCGUUGCAGCGAGCCGUCCUGCCUACACGUAAGCCGAUCGGGCAGUCGAAACUCUAACUCAUAUAAAUGAAGUCUUUGGUCUUGUUCCAUUCAACAUUUUUUUGGUCUUGGCAGAAUCUUGAAAUGAAUUGAUUCUCAGAAACAAUUUGCAUCUUGUUUUGGUAUAACAUAUACUCCGGUAUAUGUUUAGGGUAAAAAAAGUGGUAGAUUAAUUCAGGAAAUGGAAAACAAAGUCCGGGUUGUAUCAAAAUUUUCAAAUAAUUUUUAUUUACCCUA